ACAGCCCUGUACUAAUGUAAUGCUGGUGUUGUUGCCUCUGUGCUGCAGGUGCUUUUCUGCUCUGGGUCAUGUGGCAAAAGCUCGAUUCCUGCAUGAGACCAAUGAGAUUGCAGAUCAGGUGUCCAGGGAAUAUGGUGGAGAAGGAACUGACUUCUAUCAGGUCCGAGCACGAUUGGCCAUGCUGGAAAAGAACUACAAACUGGCAGAGAUGAUCUUCUUGGAACAGAAUGCUGUGGAGGAGGCCAUGGACAUGUACCAGGAGCUGCACCGCUGGGAUGAGUGUAUCGCUGUAGCUGAGGCCAAGGGACACCCAGCCCUGGAGAAGCUGCGCAGGGAUUACUAUCAAUGGUUAAUGGACACACAACAAGAGGAGCGAGCAGGUGAACUGCAGGAGAGUCAAGGGGAUGGGCUGGCAGCCAUCAGCCUCUACCUCAAGGCCGGGCUCCCUGCCAAAGCUGCACGGCUGGUGCUGACCCGCGAGGAGCUGCUGGCCAACACGGAGCUGGUAGAACAUAUCACCAUGGCCCUCAUCAAGGGGGAGCUCUACGAAAGGGCCGGUGAUCUCUUUGAGAAGAUUCGAAACCCACAGCGGGCCCUUGAGUGCUACUGUAAAGGCAAUGCAUUCAUGAAAGCGGUUGAGCUGGCACGACUGGCUUUCCCAGUGGAGGUUGUGAGGCUGGAGGAGGCCUGGGGGGACUACCUGGUGCAGCAGAAGCAGCUGGAUGCGGCCAUCAACCACUACAUUGAAGCCAGGUGCUCCAUUAAAGCAAUUGAGGCUGCUCUGGGUGCCCGCCAGUGGAAGAAGGCAAUUUAUAUAUUAGAUCUCCAGGACCGAAACACUGCGUCUAAAUACUAUCCUCGUGUGGCCCAGUACUAUGCGUCUCUGCAGGAGUAUGAGAUUGCUGAGGAGCUCUACACCAAAGGAGACAGGACCAAAGAUGCUAUAGACAUGUACACCCAGGCUGGCCGCUGGGAGCAAGCCCACAAGCUGGCAAUGAAAUGCAUGCGGCCAGAGGAUGUGUCCGUGCUGUACAUCACCCAGGCCCAGGAAAUGGAGAAGCAGGGCAAGUACCGAGAGGCUGAAAGGCUGUAUGUGACAGUGGAGGAGCCUGAUCUUGCCAUCACCAUGUUCAAAAAGCACAAGUUGUAUGACGAUAUGAUCCGCCUGGUAGGGAAGCACCACCCAGAUCUACUCAGUGACACACACCUUCACCUGGGCAAGGAGCUGGAGGCAGAAGGCCGACUGCAGGAGGCUGAGUAUCACUACCUUGAGGCCCAGGAAUGGAAGGCAACUGUGAACAUGUACCGGUCCAGUGGGCUCUGGGAGGAGGCCUACCGGGUGGCCAAAGCCCAUGGAGGAGCCAACGCCCACAAACACGUGGCCUAUUUGUGGGCGAAGAGUCUGGGAGGAGAGGCUGCAGUUAGACUGCUUAACAAGCUGGGGCUUCUAGAGGCUGCCAUUGACCACGCUGCUGACAACUGCUCCUUUGAAUUUGCCUUUGAACUCUCUCGGCUAGCCCUCAAGCACAAAACCCCAGAAAUUCAUCUCAGAUAUGCCAUGUACUUGGAGGAUGAGGGCAAAUUUGAAGAGGCUGAAGCAGAAUUCAUCAGAGCUGGUAAACCCAAAGAGGCAGUCCUCAUGUUUGUCCACAACCAGGAUUGGGAGGCAGCUCAGCGUGUGGCUGAGGCCCAUGAUCCUGACAGUGUUGCUGAGGUACUGGUAGGUCAGGCCCGUGGGGCCUUGGAGGAGAAGGACUUUCAGAAGGCAGAAGGGUUGCUGCUUCGGGCCCAGAGACCAGGCCUGGCUCUCAAUUAUUAUAAGGAGGCUGGGCUCUGGAGCGACGCUCUGCGGAUCUGCAAGGACUACGUGCCUGGCCAGCUAGAGGCCCUGCAGGAAGAGUAUGAGCGAGAAGCCACCAAGAAGGGGGGAAGAGGUGUGGAGGGCCUUGUAGAUCAAGCACGACAGUGGGAACAGGCUGGAGAGUAUAGCCGUGCGGUGGACUGCUACCUCAAAGUUCGAGACUCAGGGAGCGGUGGCCUGACGGAGAAGUGCUGGAUGAAGGCGGCGGAACUGUCCAUCAAGUUUCUGCCUCCCCAGCGCAGCCUGGAAGUAGUUCGGGCUGUAGGUCCCCAGCUGAUUGGAAUUGGAAAGCACAGUGCGGCUGCAGAACUCUAUCUGAACCUGGACCUCGUCAAAGAAGCGAUCGAUGCUUUCAUUGAGGGUGAAGAAUGGAACAAGGCCAAACGCGUAGCCAAAGAGUUAGACCCGCGGUAUGAAGACUAUGUGGACCAGCACUAUAAGGAGUUCCUGAAGAACCAGGGCAAAGUGGAUUCGCUGGUGGGUGUGGAUGUAGUAGCUGCCUUGGACCUGUAUGUGGAGCAGGGUCAGUGGGACAAGUGCAUUGAAACAGCUACCAAGCAGAACUACAAGAUUCUGCACAAGUACGUGGCUCUGUAUGCAACUCAUCUGAUCCGAGAGGGUGGCUAUGCCCAGGCUCUGGCCCUCUAUGUGCAGCACGGAGCCCCUGCUAACCCACAGAACUUCAACAUCUACAAAAGGAUCUUCACUGACAUGGUUAGCUCUCCUGGGACCAACAAUGCGGAGGCCUACCAUAGCUGGGCUGAUCUUCGAGAUGUCCUCUUUAACUUGUGUGAAAAUCUGGUGAAGUCCAGCGAAGCAAACUCGGCAGCCCACGAGGAGUUUGAGAUGAUGCUGCUGAUCGCUCAUUACUAUGCAACACGCUCUGCAGCCCAGAGCAUCAAACAGCUGGAAACCGUAGCUGCCAGGCUCUCGGUCUCACUCCUGCGCCACACCCAGCUGUUACCUGCAGACAAGGCCUUUUAUGAAGCAGGUACUGCUGCCAAGGAAGUUGGCUGGGAAAACAUGGCUUUCAUUUUCCUCAACCGAUUUUUGGAUCUGACUGACGCAAUUGAGGAAGGGACUCUGGACGCUCUUGACCACUCAGAUUUCCAGGACACAGACAUCCCCUUUGAGGUGCCACUCCCGGCCAAGCAGCAUGUACCGGAGGCCCAGAGAGAAGAGGUUCGAGACUGGGUGCUCACAGUCUCGAUGGACCAGAGGCUGGAGCAGGUUCUGCCCCGGGAUGAGCGCGGUGUCUAUGAGGCUUCCCUGGUAGCAGCGAGCACUGGGGUUCGAGCCCUGCCCUGCCUCAUUACAGGUUACCCCAUUCUGAGGAACAAAAUUGAAUUUAAGCGACCAGGGAAGGCUGCUAACAAAGACAACUGGAACAAGUUUCUUAUGGCCAUCAAGACCUCCCACAGCCCAGUGUGCCAGGAUGUUCUCAAAUUCAUCAGCCAGUGGUGUGGGGGGCUCCCCAGCACCAGCUUUUCUUUUCAGUGACUGUACUGCUGAGCCUUUAGCUCUUCCCUCAUUAAAGCUCUUCGUGGAUGAAGAAGGUUCCUGGAUGCCAAGAGGGCCACAAGUC